AUGCAUGGACUGCGCCUAGUCUGCAGCAUAACAGCAUUGUCUUUGGCCAUCCUGGCAUAUCCCACGGCCUCAACUCCAGCACCCGUGGAUUUGAACUCCCUCCGUUUGACCUCUAACACGGAAUAUGUUAACUCAGUCGAUGUGAACGCAAACCGAUCAGUGGUAGUAUCCGCUGAAGAACACUAUACCAAUACAGCAGCUCGACUAGUUCAGAACGUUGUUUCUGGAGCAAGCUUCCGUCUUGUCGAUGACCACUAUGUUGGCGAUAAUGGUGUUGCGCAUGUAUACUUUCGCCAAACGGCUCAUGAUAUUGACAUUGACAACGCGGAUUUUAAUGUUAAUCUUCUAUCUUUCGGACAUUCAUUCUUUACAGGCGUGUUGCCGAGCAGCUACCUGGACAACCCCAACCUGUCCAGUCCCGUAGCUGCUCUUAGAGGAGCAAGGGACGCGUUACAGCUUCCACUCACUAUUGACAAUGUUUCUACAGAAGCUGCUAAUGGACUAAACGAGUACAUCUUCAGACAGGCAGCGGGAGCGGUAUCUGAUCCCAGAGCCAAACUAGUCUACCUCGUCAAGCCAGAUGGGACCCUGGCACUCACAUGGCGGGUAGAAACAGACAUGUACGAGCACUGGCUACUGACCUACAUUGAUGCAGAAACCACCACUGUCCAUGGCGUAGUCGACUACGUAGCAGACGCGACAUAUCAAGUCUAUCCCUGGGGCACCAACGAUCCAACAGAAGGACAUCGCACCAUCCUCACCAACCCGUGGGACCUAUCCGCAUCCGAAUACACCUGGAUCAGCGACGGACAAAACAACUACACCACAACCAGAGGCAACAACGCCAUCGCGCACUGGAACCCAACCGGCGGUGGCUCCUAUCUCUACAACCUACGUCCCUCCAACCCAGACUUGAACUUCCAAUGGCCCUACUCCCCCAACAUGUCCCCACCCCGAUCAUACAUCAACGCCUCCAUCGUCCAGCUCUUCUACACAGCAAACACCUACCACGACCUCCUCUACGCACUGGGCUUCACCGAACCCGCCGGCAACUUCCAAUGGAACAACAGCGCCCGCGGCGGCCGCGACAAAGACUACGUGAUCCUCAACGCACAAGACGGCUCCGGAUAUAGCAACGCAAACUUUGCCACUCCUCCCGACGGUAUCCCCGGUCGUAUGCGCAUGUACAUCUGGAUUGAAUCCACCCCGUCGCGUGACGGAAGUUUCGACGCGGGCAUCGUGAUCCACGAAUACACUCACGGCGUUUCGAACCGCCUCACCGGCGGCUCCCACAACGCCGGAUGUCUCAACACCCUCGAAUCGGGCGGUAUGGGCGAAGGCUGGGGCGACUUUAUGGCCACAGCCAUCCGAAUAAAACCCAACGAUACGCGCAGGACGUCCUACACAAUGGGCGCCUGGGCAGAUAACGAUAUACGCGGUGUCCGCGAAUAUCCCUAUUCUACUUCAUUCGCCGAGAACCCUCUGAACUACACGAGCGUGAAUACCAUGAAUGGUGUACACGCUAUCGGAACCGUCUGGGCGACUAUGCUGUACGAGGUGAUGUGGAAUCUCAUCGAUAAGUACGGGAAGAAUGAUGGUCCCAGACCGGUGUUCAGAGAUGGAGUGCCGACAGAUGGGAAGUACUUGAUGAUGAAGUUGGUGGUGUAUGGGAUGGCGCUGUAA